UCACGAACCAGGCGCCUUAAACUCAAAACUUGUCAGACUAGUCUCCAACUUCCAAGUGCCAACCUCAUAAAACCCAUAAAUAUUAAAAUUAAAUUACAAAAAACCUCCGCAAAUCAUGAUUUGCAUCGUGGAUCGUACGGUCCAGCCGUCGCCGGAAAUUCAGCAGUCCGUGGCAGCCGUGGAGCAAAUCGUGGGCUACAAUUUCAGGAACAAGAGGCUUCUAGAAGAAGCCUUGACCCACUCCUCCUACUCCGAAUCCCCGUCGUACCAGCGCCUCGAAUUCAUCGGCGACGCCGCUCUCAGCCUCGCCCUCAGCAACUACUUCUUCCUUGCUUAUCCUGGGGUCGACCCCGGCACUCUCUCUCUGCUGCGCUCCGCCAAUGUCAGCACCGAGAAGCUCGCACGUGUGGCUGUCCGGCACGGCCUUUACCGCCACCUCCGCCACAAUGCACCUGCUCUCCGCGAUAAGGUUAGGGAGUUUACUGAAGCUGUCACUAGAGAAGACGAGACGCCGCUUGUAUAUCGUGGUUCCGUGAGAGCUCCUAAGGUUCUUGCGGAUAUGGUGGAGUCUGUGGCAGCAGCUAUGUAUGUUGACUUGAACUUUGAUCUGGAAAAAUUGUGGAUGAAAUUUAGGCGCCUUUUGGAGCCUAUUGUUACUCUUGAAGAAGUGAAAAGUCAACCGCAACCUGUUACAGUGUUGUUUGAGCUUUGCCAGAAGCACGGGAAACAUGUUGAUAUCAAGCAUUGGAGAGAUGAGACCAAAAGUAUUGCUAGUGUCUAUGUUGAUGGCGUGUUUGUUGCCUCGGGUUCUUCUGAGCAGAAGGAGAUUGCCAAACUCGAUGCUGCUAAGAUAGCUCUUUUUAAGUUGUCGAAAUCGUUGGGUGUAAGUGGCAGAUCGAUGGAGUUUAUUGCCGGAAAUGAUGGUAAGUUUCAAAUUGAAGAAGCAAAACAAAAGUUGCAUGAGCUUUGUGACAAGAAGAAGUGGCCUAAACCAAUUUACACCAUUGAGAAAGAUGAAGGUCCUUCACAUGAGAAGAGAUUUGUAUCGUUGGUCAAAAUUUCAACUGCGGAUGGUGUGCUAUGCAUGGUGGGAGAUGAAAGGUCGAGAAUAAAAGAUGCGGACAACUCUGCAGCUUCGUCUAUGAUCUGUGCUUUACAAGAAUCUGGUUAUAUAUGAUGCAACUCUAAUUCUUUUUAUGUUCUGAGAUGUAUGCGUGGUAGGCUCUUGUGCUUCCUGCUGCAUUUGAAAUAUGAAUGCAUGGGUUAGAGGACAAUUCCGUAUGCAACUUAAGAGGUUGCAGUUAUGCAAGAACAACCAUGGAUUAUAGGAAAAUGUUGUGUCUCAUGCCUCUAGAUUUAGGUUAGGAUUUGAGCCUGUAACAUUUGUUUGUGCUCGUCGUAGUUUUUUCAGACUGUCCAUGCCCCCCUUCAAGUGAUUGUUUGAUUGGAUGGAGUUUACUGGUUGUUUAGGUUCCACAAAGCACUGAAAUGAAACAAAUGAAAGUUUGUCCUUGUUUU